AUGCGAUGGGUCCGGAGUUCAAAUCCCGAUCGGGAUGGUGGACAUCCCGAACGUAUCCAUCCGGAUCAAACUGCCAAUGGGUAUGACAUUCGAUCGGAUGUGUGGAGCUUCGGUAUAACCAUGGUCGAAUUGGCCACGGGUGAAUUCCCCUAUCCAAAGUGGGAUUCAGUGUUUCAGCUCCUUACCUACGUCCUGAAAAAUGAUCCACCAAGCGUUCCCGAACGCCUACCGAGACCAGGCGGCGAUAUUGUUAUCGAUCCGGCCGUAGAACCUGAUAACUGGGAAUUCUCUCCGGAAUUUCGUGAUUUUGUUAAUCAGUGCUUGCGGCGUGAUUUCCACGAGAGACCUAAAUAUCAGGCUUUAAAGUCGCAUCCAUUUUUCCGCCGUGCUCUAGCUGACCCGGUCAACGUGAGCAAAUAUUUUACUGCUGUGCUCAGCAAGAUUCCCCCUAAUACCAGAUUGGAAGAUCUAGUGGACACUAACGAAUGGUAG